AUGACGACGCCCCUAGCGGCCGCGAUCGUCGCGCUCCAACGCGGAGACGCGCGUCCGCUCGCCGCAGCGAUGGCGCAGCACCGCAGACCGUCGAGUCACAAGCGGCGCACGAACAAGAGCACGAAUCACCACCAGCAGCAGCAGCAGCAGCCGAGCGACGAGACGCAGGACGCGGCCGACGACCGCGACGACGUGCGCGCGCUGACUCGCGACCAGUUGCGGGCGUUCUAUCCCGCCGCCGUCGAGCUCGUGGCCCCGCGCGACGACGUCGUCGUCGACCACGAGGACGACGCGCGACGACUGGAGGCCCGAAAGUGCAUUGCCGAGUUCACGACAGUGCUCGUCGAGACGCCGAGCGCGUCGAUUGACAAGCACGAGGUCUUUGCGGUGGCGCAAGAGCUGCACGACCAGCUGAUGCGGCUCCGGGGUGACGCUGUGCGCGUGGCCGCUGCGCAAGAAGCCAUCUCGCUGCUCUGCGAAGCCUGUUGGAAGCACAACUUUUGCGGCCGCGCGCACUCGCUCGUGACGCAGCUGUUUCCGUACUUGAUUGUCCGCAGCUACCAGUCGGCAGCGACGGAGCGCUUCCAGUCAAAGCACCACCCGAUUCGACGGCUGUUUGCGGUGAAAGAGGCGCUGCCGUUGCUGGACUUUGACGACGAUAGCAGCGGACUCUUGCGCGACAUUCUACUGCGCUGUUUCAUCCAGCCAACGUUCUUCCGGUCGCCGGAUGCCGUGCCGUUCUUGAGCUUUUCGUUCACGCUGCACGUGCCGUUUGUCGACGAUAUCAACGAGACGAUCCGGAACCAGAUCCCGAACCAACGCAACUCGAUCCUGGUGAAAUACGGCAGUAUCUACUUUCAGGCUUGGGCGGGAAGCAAGGGAGCUUUUCGAGCAAAGAUUGAGGAAGAGUGUAUCCAGCGAUACGUGCGGGACGCGGUUCAUGCGAGCAGCACAUCGCUGUUCCAUGCUGUCCGCACAGUGCUGCAGAUUUUCUUUGACAACAAACGCCACCAAGGCGUUGACGAGAUGCUCUAUCGUGUCUGUAGCCCUAUUCUGUGGCGUGGUGUGAAAGCCCCGAACGACUCCGUUCGACGCCAAGCGGCUAUUUUGCUGUUCGACAACUUUCCUCUGCGUGAUCCAGCGUUUAACAAUGAGAUGAUGGACGUGACUCUCCAGAAACAGUUUGACACGUUUGACGAGUUGCUCGGGGAUUCUCAUCCAGCGCUGCGAGUGGCAGCGAUUGAAGGUGUGUCUAAGGUUCUCUCGGUGUACUGGGAGCUGCUUCCAGCUGAGACGAUCCAGCGCUUCGUCGUGAAGCUUGUAGUGGACCUUGUGAACGAUGCGUCUUCGAGCACUGUUCGUGCAGCUGUGUUUGAAGGUGUUCGAUUCAUCUUGGAUAAUCAUAACUCACACUCCAUUCUGAAGCCGCUGCUACCCAUGCUAGCACCACUGAUCAAUGACCGCAACGAGAAAGUCCGAGCUGAGUUUGGUGCACUGCUCGUUCGAAUCAAGAGCAUCCGAAACUUGCACUUCUACGACGUAGUUCCAGUAGACGACUUACUUGGCCGCAUGACUAUGGACCGCGAUCGGCCUCUCGCGUGCAAGCAACUUGUGUCGUUGUUUUUGAAUUCGUACUUUCCGCAAAGCGUGGGCGGAUCCUCGCAAGUGGCCCGAUGUCUGUCUCUGGUGAGAAAGAACCCGGAGGCUGCCAUGGUGUUCUACGCGAACGCUGUUGAGCACGUGUCGGUCGGAUCGGUCUGCAAGUUGGCUGCCCUUUUGCUUCGUUGCUCGCUGAACUUUGUGUCGCGGCGUCUGAAACAGCCUCAGGGAUCUGAGGAAGAAGACGAGGAAGACGAAGACGAGGAAGAAGGUUUUAGUGCUGUUGGCCAAGUCGUCGUGCUCGAGGUAAUUGGCAGCCUCCUGAAGAGUGUGCACGGGAAAGUGAUGAGCGACGAUCGAUACUCUGAGUGCAAGAGCUUCCUGCGCGAGCAGCUGAACGUCGAGACACUUGAAGCGCUUCUUCUUGCUUACAGCGAAGACCGUCCUUACGACCAGGAAGCCCUCAGUUCCAUUUGGCGAAUAAUUGGCUAUCUGGGUGAUCUGUCCGGGGGCGUCUUGGCCGAGCGUUUGGUCGUGAACCUCAUGCAGAUGAACGAGAACUCUAACAAAAAGCUGUUGGAGUCGAUGAUUGAUUGCAUGGUUCAAUGGGAGCAGCUUCCCUUCUUGACAUCGCAACUGGCAUCGUUCCUCGAUGAGUGGCGGAUGAACAAGUUCCAAUCCGGCACGGUGGUUGGCUCGAAGAGAAAGCAGACCAAAAAGUCGGAAGGUACGCUAAACCCGGUCGUCGUGCUCGGUGCGAUCGAGUACAUUGCUCAGCUAUCGACUGUGAAAAGUCUCGUUACGCACGUCCGUCCAAUAGUUGAGGCGCUCGAGAAAUGCAUGGAGCCGAUUAUUGAGUUCAAUGUCGACGAAGUUGGAGAAGCGUACAAAGCCAACCCGUUUGGCUUUAUUCGGUUGGUGGAAGUGUACGCAAAGGUUCUGGUGAUGGCUGAGUGCGCGCACGUGAACGACGAGACUCUGUUGCUGGCAGAAAAGUCACUGCGACGGGCGAAAACGCUGGACGGGAUUUGCGACUUGCAACCGUCCGAGUUCUUCACACCACCCAAGUCGCUCAGCUCGUUGUUUGCCUGGCUGGCUCAGCUCAUGCUUGGCUUGCGCAAGGCGGUGGAGUCGAUGGAGCAGGCGGCUCACGGAAAGAAGCGUCGACGAGGCAAAAACACCGAAGCCACGCAGCUCUCCCAUCAUCAAGAGCUCCUUAGCCGCUGGCGUAAUUUGUUCACGCUCGUGUCGCUACUCUCAGCAGAGUGUGUGGCGUUUGCUCUCGAGCGGACCCAUUGGUUGCAGAACGGCCCUACCGCCGACUUUGUCGAUGCUUACGUGGACACCAUGUGCGAUACACUACGAGACAUGGAGCCGUUCGAACGGCCUGCGUUCUACCAAGCCGGUCAGCUCGUGCAUUUGCUGGAGAAGGCUCGAGUAAAGGCUGCCAAAUCGACGAAGGCUCAAGCAGCAAGUCUGGUUCCAUCUCUCGAGCACUGGGUCAAGACACUACAGCAGGCGUUGGAAAGCACGCACGAGAAGGACCGCGAAAAGUGCGACGAUCUAUGGCCAGCCGUCAGUGCUUCCUUUGUGAGCAUUGCGUCGAGUGGAGGCAUCAGCUGA